CGUGCUGGAGUCAUGCACCUGUUUAAUCCGAGAAUGACUGAAACGUGCUCUGGUUUGAACCCUAACGUGUGGUUGAGCAGCAGCCUAACACUCGUUAUGAGUUCAGCGUCCUGAACUGUCUUAUUAAGUCAAAGGUAGCGUCUUUUUUGUCUUUUUGAGCAGCUCUAAUGGAUUUCUACAGGAGAGAGAAAACGGACUGCAAUGCUGCAUAUGGAGAUCCUGGAGCUCACAGGCCCUUUGGGCUGUUCACAGGAGCCAAUCCGCUAAACAUUUGGAAACACAUCACAGAUGGUUCGGGCACAGCCUGCUCUCCGCUGGUUAGCAGCAUGCUGUUGGCUCCAGAGCAGCAGGAUCCUCUGGCUGCUGUGCCCAGUGUUGAUGAGCUCAGUCUGGGCCUGCUGUCUCUGAGCUUCCCCUACUGGAAGCAGCAGCCCUGGAGCCGCCCCGAGUCCCAGCGGCCGACCCAACCCUGCUCCCAAACGCCCGCGUUGGAUCUCUUGGGUGCUUCAGAAGGUGCUGAUUUGGGUCAGCAGCACUCUUUCCGGGCCCACGUGUCUGCGUCUGGAGAUCCACUGGAGCGCUUCUCCAGCCUGAUGGCGGCGCUGGAGCCUCACUCUCUGCUGCACUCAGGAUCCAGCAGUCCCGUCAACUCAGAGAACAGUGUGAUCUCAUCAGGAUCUGACCACCUGGUCUCUCUCAGAGUCUCUCCUCCGUUGCCCCUGUUGCUACCCAGACUGCAGGCGGAGGGUGUCAACCUAGACACAGAUGCUCGUUUAGAGCAGAAUCCCCUCAACACCUUUACAAGCACUCCCAGUGCUCGGGGCGAGGAGUCAGAGGUCGGGUGCUGGUCCACAGGUCCCGCCUGGCCCGGCUGGGACGCUUUGGGCUUGAAAAAACCCACGUUCUGCAUCGAGAGAGAGGCGAAACUACAUAAACAAGCUGCAGCCGUAAAUGAAGCCACUUACACCUGGGAGGGACUUCUUCCUCCACGCCACUACAAAAACCCUGUUUACUCCUGUAAAGUGUUUCUGGGAGGAGUGCCAUGGGACAUCACAGAGGCGAGUCUUUUGAACACAUUCAGUGUUUUUGGUCCAUUGAAAGUCGAGUGGCCUGGGAAAGAUGGUAAACAUCCACGUUGUCCUCCGCAAGGUUAUGUGUAUCUGCUGUUUGACUGGGAGAAGUCAGUGAAGACGCUCCUGCAGAUCUGUACUCAGCACCGUCUGCAGUCUGACGAUUAUCUCGAGUUCUACUACAAACUGUCCAGCAGGCGGAUCCAAAGCAAAGAAGUACAGGUCAUCCCGUGGGUGAUCUCAGACAGCAAUUUUAUCCGCUGUCCCUCCCAGCGCCUCUGCCGCAGUAAGACGGUGUUCGUUGGCGCUCUGCACGGGAUGUUAAACGCAGAGGGUCUGGCCCACAUCAUGGACGAGCUCUUCGGAGGGGUCAUGUAUGCAGGCAUCGACACAGACAAGCACAAAUAUCCCAUAGGCUCUGGCAGAGUGACGUUCAGAAGUCAGAGGAGCUACUUGAAAGCCGUGACCGCAGCGUUUGUGCAGAUAAAAACCUGCAAGUUUACCAAGAAGGUCCAGAUUGACCCGUAUCUGGAUGACUCCAUGUGCCAAAUAUGUAACAGUCAGCCCGGGCCGUUCUUCUGCAGGGCUCAGGCCUGUUUUAAAUACUACUGUCGGUCAUGCUGGCAUUGGCGGCACUCUCUGGACGUGUUGAGCAGCCAUCAGCCUCUCAUGCGCAACCAGAAGAGCCUGAACCACAAAUAAACCGGCCAGCCGGCCGGUGUGGGGAAGAGUCCGGACUGAGUUCACUGUUUUGAGGAAGGAAGUCAAUGCGUUGUAUUGCACUCGCUCUCGUUCUUGUUCAUUAAGCCUCUAUGCACUCUAAAGUGUUCAUUGAUGUUAUCAUCACAGUUAACCAGACAGCCAUCACCAUGGAGAUC